CCAAAAUUCCAAAACAUAAAAUCAAAACCCGACGCAGAUAGAGAAUAAUGGGCUCGUCGAGCUCGACGAGCUCGAGUCCGGAUGGUAAGUGUGGCGGUGUCUACAGUUUCAAAUUGUUUUUCUACGAUAAGGUGGAUGAAGAGUCUGCUAGGCAAGAGAAAGACCAUUCCAUGACGAAUGAUGAACUGCUCGAUAAAUUCGGGAAACUGACAGUCACUGCAGAGAAGAUUUUAAACGUCAUGUACUACACUCAUCCGCUCAACUGGUGGCAAGUGUCCAAAUACAACCUGCAACACGCCUACAUUGUUUUCGAAACGGAGAACUGGUGGUGGUCCAUCGAGAAAAACGACAACUGCGUCGCAAUUCAACGAUCGAAGAAAAUCGAAUUCGUUCGCGACAAGUACUACAGAACAGAUCGCAUGACAGCCCUGACCACCGGAAUCAGCUGCAUUAAAGAAAAAACGGUCGACAAGAGGACAGUCAAGGAACUCCUUGAACACAUCAAAUCAUCCAACUACGUGAAUCAACAAUACCAUUUUCUAGAGCAAAACUGCUAUCAAAUGGCUGACAAGAUUUACGCCAUCUUCUAAUAGUUCUCGAGAAAUGUAACCAUCGCCAUCAACUGGUUUUCUCGCUCAGUCUAUAUGUCUAUCCCUCCCACAGCACACGGUCGCAUUUAUGUACAGAGAAAUUGAGAAUAUAUAUCCAAUACAAGGGCUGACUAUUG